AUUUGAACUUGGUUUAGUUAAUACUUCAGUAGCUCUCGACUGGUCAGUGUGAAUGGUCCAAACAGCAUGAGCUUCGUUCGUCUUAGCCUGCUGGUUGUCUUCGCGACCCUGGUGGCAUCCGAUCCUUUCGCCAGUUUGACUUUCGACUAUCCCAAUAUCAAAGAUGAUGUUUACGAGCAACCUGUCAAUCUGAUGGUGACGCCAAAGAAAUCUCCUCAUGCCAAGGACGAAGCCAGCGAUGUUCAAGGCGAACCUCCAGUGGACACAUGGGCCCCCUUCGAUUUCAGCCGUUUUGACCAGUACAUCAACAACUACAAACAGGAACCAGUCCCUGAACAUAACAGGAUUAAAAGAAGCGCUCGGAGGCGUCGUGGACGCGGGGGCAGACGCAGGGGGCGUCAGCGAGCUACCACAGCACCACCAGAUGACGAUUCAAAGAAUUCCUCAAGCACGGAGGUGCCGAUAGCUCGACAGGGCAAGGACGACACCAAAAAGAAGAAGUCUUAUAAGGACAAGAGCAAUUAUGAUGUCUACGAGCCCAGUGUCAAGGAAUGGGAGUCAGGUUACGUGGAGAUGCCAAAGGACCUGUACCAAGCACACUUGAGGCCUGGAGUCAUCUUCAGAAUACAUAUGUCAGAGGCUAUUCUCAAGAUGCAGUAUAGAAAUUACGGUGAAGAUAAAGAUGAGUCUGUGAUCGAGGCGGACGUUGAAUACCUUCGACUGACGCGCAAAGUCAUCAACGAUGAGAUCACGAAGUUUGAGGACUUGCAGUGGCUGAUCGGGUGGUUCCACAACAGAUCUGAUCUUAUACAGGAACAUAUGUGCAACACGAGAUAUUAUGCUGUUGGCACGCCUCCAACAAUGUUUACCCACGCAGAAGAGUACAUGAAACGCCUGUGCCUGUUCGACGGAGUCUACAUCGACCAUAUACCGUACGUGGUGGGAGAGGACGCCUCCCUCAUGGCUGCCGUCGCUCCUCCGGUGCUACACUGUGACGCAGCCACUUGUACAUCUGUGCCUUUUAUAGACAGCGUCAUGUUUGACGAGCGACUAGCCCGGACCAACGUGCGUACAUUGACGCGGUGCCAGGCGAGUUGCCGCGCGCAUUGUCGCAACGACCCUGACUGCCUCAAGCGUUGCUCUGAUCGCUGUCUGCGCUCCGAUUAGCGAGGAUAUCAGCAUAAAUAUAUGUAUGUUGAGUGGUGGUGGCGUUUCAUUUAUAAGUAGCUGUGGAA